GUGGCAAAGAGUGCGGACAGAACAGAACAAUACGGCAGAAUUGAUUGUGACGCUCGAGUCCUACUAUUUGCUCACCAGUUGUGAGAAGUGCAAAUAAUCCUUAGUAUUGUUUUGAUGGAUAAGAAUAAUUAAUCAUUCGGUUAGAGGAUAAAUCCGUCUUAAAAUGCGAAUUCAGAUGUCGGUCGCAUCCUUAAAGCAUGAUUCGACGCAGUAAGCCCUGCAUGAUUUCUUCUCUCCUGGAAAACUGUUGAAAGCAAAAAAGUUUCUCAGUACACAUUGUAAACAUUUGGAUUAGAAUUACCGGUAAAGGACAAAUCGUAUGUUCUACGCGAUUCGUCGUGUCGUCGUCGGAUUUUGGCGGAUAGUUUAGUGAUAACGAAGAGGACGAAAAGGAUAUUCGUAUGAGUUUGAUACUGAUCUUAUUGUUUUUGAAAAAUAUUUGCAUAUUUUUUAACAAAUUGGUUUUACGUUGCUAUAAUUCGUUCCUGAUUCACCCGAACAACAAUCAUUUGGAGAACGGAGGGAAACACGGUGGUAAUCGUUAUCGGUCGAGAACGAUCGGCACUAAUAAAGGUUACCUAAAUGAUAAGGACCUGAUUGUACGACCACGACGGUCCCGCCGGCUUAGAAACGAGCAAAUUCAACAGCAGAAGCUCAUGGCCGAUAGAGACGGUUACGGAAGAUACUAUUGAACAUCCGGCUCGUAGUAAAAUAACGUGGAAAUGAUGAAUUGAAUACUCCAAGCAGAGUUAAUUUUCAACAACUUCAAGGAACGAUAAGCAUCGCCCUCCUCCACAUUUUAGCGACAGAAUUUUCUUCUUUAUCCUUCUGGAUGACGAAGUUCGCUGACCCUUGUGGCGCAUUGGCCUAACACAAAUAAAGGCCGAGAAAACCACUUGUCGUGGAAGGAACACGCUAGGGUGGCUCUAUUUCCUUUUGUAAUUAUCUAGCAAUGGUAUAAAUUGAAUCGAAGGAACAUCAGAACACUUGGUUGACUCAUCCAAAUGACCAUCCAGGAGGCUCGUAAUAUAACCAGACAACCCAACUCGAGCACAAACAUAUCGAACAACUCUUCGGCUCACAGUGCUGGAAACAAUGCGGUAGUGAACCGAGCCAUCGCAGUUGGUGGCACUAGUGCGGCCAGCACGGCUGGAAGUGGUUCCGUCCAGAUGGACGCUAACGAGUCAGUGGAGGUUGAUAACAGCAACCAUUACCGCGGUGAUAGACCACUGCAGAACGGAUGCGAGGACAAAUGGAGCUGGAGUAAAAGGGACCGAUCGAAAGAGGUGUGGCUGAGCGGUGCGAACAAUCGAACGGUACAUUUUCAUCCCAACUGGAGCAAGGGCACGGCAGGAAUCCGGGGUACACGAGUACUCAACAAUGGCCGGUACUACUGGGAGCUAAGUGUGUCACAGCGAGUCUUCGGGACGAGUAUGAUGUUCGGUAUCGGCACCAAAAAGGCUCGACUACACGUAAACGCUUUCACCAACCUGCUCGGCGAGGAUAAAAAUGGCUGGGGUUUGUCACACAAGGGUUUGCUGUGGCAUGCCGGAUCCGCCCGGAACUAUACCAAACGCUUCAAGGAGAACCAGGCGACGAAGAUUGGUAUUCUGUUCGAUGGCAUCGCUGGCACGCUGACUUACUACAAGGACGAAGUCUGUUUAGGUAUCGCGUUCCGGGGGUUGAAUGAGAUCCGCGAGCCGCUGUAUCCAAUCGUUUGCUCGACGGCCGCUAAAACCGAGAUGGUACUCACCGAGAUGCGGCGGGAUUUUGUGAACCUGCAGGACCGCUGCCGGGCGCUGAUCAUCAAGUAUGCCAAGUCACGCGAGAAGCUCGAUCGACUCAAUCUUCCCUACUGCAUCACCAACUAUCUGGCCGAGGCACUGACUGACUGUACCACCCCAGUGACACCACUGGAGCAGCAGCUGAUCGAUUACUAUCUGUUCUAGUCGUGCUCUUCCUUGCCUUGGCGGAAAACGUUCCCCACUUCUUUUUUUCCCCUUUUCUCACAUCGGUGGUUGUUAUUUUGGUAGCUGAAUUCGUUUUUGAACACACUUUUGUCUGUUUAUUAUUGGUUCAGUUUUCUGUUGAUUUUUUCGAAGUCGAACAUCAUAUGGAUACAGUAGAUGGAGAUCAUCUACAGGACUAGCUGUGCGUAGUUAAAUAAUAGUAUCAUUAUUUAUAGCAUUGUUGACAGAAUUAUUUUGCAUCGGUUGACUGGUAAUAAUUUGUAUGUUUGUUCAUUGAUUUAUUGCAGUUGUGAUCGCGGAAGUUGUAAACGGAAAACAUCGUCUUUGCUUAACGUUUUCCUUUAGCUUAUUUAGCUAAACACUCGAGAAAAAUAAACGCAAUAAAGUUGCGAAGAAAAUCGUUUAUUUCGAUUUCAAAGUCAUGCACAUUACCAUUGCAGAGGCAAAACUCGUAAGAUGCUUCUUUGGUGUGCGUUGAUACGAGUGAAAUUCUAGUCAUGUAUGUCAGGAAUAGUAAGGUAGAUACUUAGGAAACAAGAACAUUGUAUUCGAAGAAAAAUAACGAAGAAUAUUAUUAUUUAAAAUAUAUUUUCGAGCAUAUAUGAACUGUGUAUAACAUGAGGCUAUCGUACAGGUAAAAAGCAACACAAAAGACAUGCUGUUAUCGAAGUGUAUAGCAAACAAUAGUAGUGGCAAAAUCUUGCAGCUCUAGAUCAACGUGGCAUACUUCUUAUGUGUACAUAUAGGUAUAUGAUAAGUAGGAAUGCUAUCGCGGAAAUGAUGUGAUUUGAAAGAAACCGGAUACAGGCAAUGUUCGAAGUGAUGGACGAGAGAACAAAAAAGCGGGAAAGAUUGUAACUUUUCUUUGGUUCUUCGAACGCGUCAAUUCCAUCGAUAACUAAAGGGCGAAAUAGUUGAAAUUACUCCUUGGUUGAAGUUCUUAGAUUAAAAUUGAGUGAAUGUGUUAGAAGUGAGUUAUUUAGGCGAAACUAUUCGGCAAUUAUGAUUAAGUUUCCAAAUUUUGGAAUCGAUUGUUGCCAACACCGUUUACCAUGCUACAGCUUGCGAUAGAUAGAAGUGAAAUGAAUAAUUAAAGUUACUUCAGAAAGUAGAGGUAAUGCGCUGUAAUAUAUUGUUAGAAUACAAAAUGUACCAGGUUCCGAAAUAUCCUAUAGCACUAAUCUCCAUAGAGAAACACAGCCGAAGUUCUUCUUGUAUUACAUUUUCAUAAAAAAAAACUAUCAUAUUCUAGAGGUUGAGAUACCGAUAUUCCCAAUUGACUUGAUGUCAAGGAAAAUUCUUCGAUUACUAGAGAAAGUCGCAUAUCUUUGUACAUGCCACCCAUAAAAAUAACGGUGUCUAUAGUGGUACUCAUGCAAGUAGGAGUAGAAUUCUAGGGUGGAUAACUUCCGAUCCUAACGGGAAAUGAACAUCUGUAAAUUCUUGUGGUGCCCCUCGACAAAAGACGAAAAACAUUGUGGGUAUAAAGACACUGGUCCAUCAAGCAACGUUGCAUACUUGAAAUCUUCAAAAAAAAUUAGACGACUUUUUGAAAAGAGCCAAAGUUUUUUUAAUUUUCUUACAAAAAUUUAUAACUCUAAUACUAUACUACCGUCAACCGUGGGCAAAUUGAUUACCGGGGUGAGAUUGAUCAAAUGUACAACUGAAAAGAAACUUCAAUUUCUAGAGGGAUUUUAAAAUUAAAUUUCAACCUUUUUUUAUAUGACAUGUUCGAUCUGGAUCUGGAAGUUCUUUUCGUCAACGGUUCCCAACGAAUCGCGUGUGAAAUUGUAUAAAACAUAAUAUGGUUCUGGAUAGUAUUUCCGUUUCCUUUUUUAAGCAUGGUAAAGAAACCUAUUUUCAACACAUCAAAAUGAUAUUGAUAGACGCCAAACAUAUUAACGUUUGCAUUUAAAAAAAGGACUGUUUCGGAUGGUGAUAUAAAAACUAAGACAGAAAAUUGAGUUAGAUAAAUUUCCCAUAGAAGGUAAUUAUUAGCUUACUUGCAAAAAAAUCUACACCCCCUUGCCAGCGGCCUUCCGGCAGUUACCCGGAAUAUUCGCCAUGGUGGACGAAAACAUGCGUGUAGGCAUAUUUUUGAGUUCUUUCUUCGUUUUAUUCGUCAAUUCCUUUUCAGUUUUCGCGACAAAAUUGUUGGAGUAGAUCUUACGUUUCGGGUUUGCCCAGAAAUUCUGGAUGGAACGCAGCUGGGGGACGUUGUGCGGGUUUGCCCACUUGGGUACCACAUCGAUAUUCAGCCGCCCCAUCUCCUCUAACGACCGCUUUGAGUAGUGGGUCGACGCCAGAUCCGUCCAGAACAGCACGUCUUCGCCCUAGUGGUAUUUCUUGAUGAACGACGCAACUUCCGGCAGGCACUUCGUACUAUAAAUUUCCCCAUUCACGGCCAGCCCGGAGCUAAAGAAGAAUGGCUUUGACAUCCUCUUCUCGCUGAUUGUAGACCCCAGCGACCACACACACACACACAGGGAACUUGGUGUGUGAAAUAAACUUCACUUCGGAGCUCACUUGCUUCGUGGGGGAAAUAAAAUACGGAGUGCCCUGCCAGUCAUUGCCAUCCGGGGUAAGAUAGGUCACCAUCACCAUCGCCACGUCGCGAUUCGCCGGGAAAAUCGACUUGACCAUCUUAUUCAGCCGCUGCCGCUGCGUCAUAACCUGCAGCUCCGAGACCAGUGGACUGGACUUCCGCUUCCAUGUUCGCUUGGUACUUUUUCACUGUUGGGUCGGUUGCACCGACCUCCCGGCCAAGCGCACGCAGCGAUGUCACUUUUCCCUCAAUCUUCCUCUUCAACAUCCUUUGGAGCUUCAGUAGCUGUCAUUCAGGGUCGUCGGCCGUCCAGAACCGGACUUUCUCUCGAUGCUCUGAUUGUUUUCCGAUAGUGCCAAGAUGUUGUAGAUGCCGGAACGGGCGUAUCCGGCGUCCACAAAGUGCCGCACGAUGUCCGUUUUCGACGGGACGGGGUACCGUUCUUUGAACGCGCACAUCGCUAUCACGAUUAGAGGCAGUGGCGUCGAGUGUAGCCUUCGCACCCGGGCCCGAAGAGUUGAUUUGCACCCCUUCGUUCCGCUAGAAAUGUAGAAACAUUUGCACCCAAAGAAGAGUCCGUGUCGCACCCGAGCGGAAGAGUCGAUUUGCAUUCCCAAAUUACAUUCCCUUUAACAUUCCCUUUAAGAGGAUUUCGACCAUUAGGAUAAUCUGCAUGGUUUCCGGAUGAGGAGGCGCAGUGGAAAGAUUUGUACCUCUCACGUUAAGGUCAUGAGUUCAAUUCUCAUUGCCGACAUUCUUCCGAAAUGGAAGUUAAGUGGCGAAACAUCAAGAUACACCUUUAGGUGCAUUCAAUCAGAAUUUUGUAUCCUCAAACUCCUAAAUUGUUUUUUUUUAAAUAACCGUAGGCAAAGAAAUCAGUGAAUUUCUGUACUUUUUUUGCAUAUUACACUACAAAAUCAUGAUUGAUCAAUUUCAUCCCAAAGCAAUGGUGUAACAUUUUCCGCUUACGGAAAUUUUUCAUUAAAAAUUUUCAUAACGUUUUACGGCAAUGUUACUGUUUUUAAAAAUAAUUGAGUAUAAAUUGAAUGAGAAAUAUCGGAAAUAUUUACAUUUUUUCUGGAAAUUGUGAUCAAUUUGCCCAGGCCGGUACCUAAAAAAUUGUGAUCAAAGGAUAAAAUGUAGGAAAUUGUUUAAAUUUUCAUAAAAAUGGCAUUUUUCUUAAUUUACACCGAAAAAAACAUUUUUUUUCAAAAAUUGUAAUUUAAUUUUUUAACAAACGUAUCUUAAUAAAAGUCUCAAAAAAUAUAUAUGAAUAGCCCUUACAAUUUCCAAUGAGCAUGAGGCACUUUUCAGGGAAAAAAGAUUUUCUAGCAACAACUAUUUCAUGUUUUCUUUGGAAAAAUUUCAACUAAUCCAAAUUUGGUUUGAAGACAAGAGUGAAUACACUCUUUCCGAUCAAAGUUUCCGAUCUCAUUAAAAUAUGAAUUUUUGUCAAAGAUGUCAACUUUAUAUCUUUUAUAGUCUUUUAGAAUAUAUGGCAUUUUUCCAUGAAGACUUCUGUAUGUGUAAUGGUUUACUCGCAAAAUUUUUGUGUGGAAAUUCUCGCGUUUGAUUUUUUUUACAUAUUUUUUAGAAUUUUUGAAAAACAAAUUUUUGAGAAAAAUGAAUUUUAAAUUUCAAAAUAUGUUUUUUUCAAUGAGUUUUUAAACAACCUGUUUGAUAUUUUUUAAAGAUAACAUGAAUAAUUUCCUACAUUUCAUUCUGUAACUAAAAUUUUCAUGUUUCCUUUGAAAAAUUACUACUAAUGUUUAACUUGUAACAGUUUUAUGUGUAAAUUAUCAUGAUUAAUAUGCUCUGCUAACUUUUUUCUAUUCAGAAACAUGUCAAACGCGAUAAUUUACAUGAAAAAUUUUACGAGUAACACAUAGUUUUUUCAGGAGUCUGCAUACAAAAAUUGCAUAUAUUGCAAAAACUAUAAAAGAUAGAAAGUUGUCGUCUUCGUCAAAAGUUCAAUAAAAUUUAACAUUUUGUCGAAUACACUAUAUCGCUAUCUUGAAAAAAAUAGGAUAAGUUGUAAUUUUUGCGAAGAGAACAUGAAGAAGUUGUCAUAAAUAAAUUUCCCCUGCAAAAGUGCCCAACUUUCGAUGUAUGAAUCACUUGAUGGAAAUUGUAAGGUCUAUUGUAAGGUUUUUUAGCUAUAAUUUUCUGAAAAAAAAGAAAAAAAACUCCAACCUUUUUCAAAAAAUUGUCCAAUCCUUUCUGAAGAUUUCUGGUAUGCAAAGUUGCUUAAUUGACGAAUGCAUUUACACCCACAAUGUUUCACUACUAUCUGAGAUGGUGCUGCCAACUCCUAAGACGUCAAUAUUGGGUUGGCCGUUGAUUGAAAUCUCCGAAGGAAAAAAAUACACCAAUUAGCAAUAGAUUUUAUAAAUUCAGCCCAUUCACUGACAUUUGGCAUUUUCACACUUCGUGAAACGGCGUUAUCGCAAGCCAGAACCCGUAAAUGGUCCACUUGGCAGCAAACCAAAAUCGAUUCCACGACAGAGCACAAAUGUAAACUACAAUUGGCAAAAUUAUGAAUCAAUUCAAAAUUUGCUUAGGUUAAGGCUAAUGAAAAUUAAGGAGUUUGAAUUAGAAGGAUAAUGAAAACCAAUCGUGAGGGGAUCGCGCUGAAGUAUGAAAUAUGGUUCAUCCGGGAAAUGGCGAAAUACUCAUACCACAUACACACAGAUCUACUCUCUCUGAUGUUGCUUAAAAUAAGAGCAACCACAUCUAGUCACUUGUUCUUAUGUUCCUUGCAGAAUGCGUGAUGCAUUCGGUUCAUGUCUGUAUUUUCAAAUUAUUAUAUUUAUAUAUAUAAUACGCACAUUAAAUUAGCAGCUGGUUUGAUAUUAGAUAUAGCAAAAACAAUACACUAAUGUUGCUGGAAACCGUGAAAACUCGGUCCAACCUUUGCGUUGGAUGUGUGCCAUACGAAAAAAAGACAAUUAGUUUAGUUUUUCUUUCUCAAAACUCUGUGUCUACCAAGCACCGUGUAAAUUACGAACAAAAAACAAUUCUUAAUUCGAUGUCUAUCAUAAUAAUACACAGAGAAUGAUGCUGCGGCGGAACUACUUAAACUGAUUAGCAACGUAAGAUGAUGAACAUGCAAAUACAUGUGAGAACGUUUCGCUUUGCGUAAGGUUAGCGAAUCUAGUCAUUAUUUGAUUUUGGACUGAUUUUAUUUUUCUCUGCGAAACAUUUUUUUGGUGAAGAAAUGUGGCAACAUUUCGGCAGACUUAAUUGGGCCGUUGAGUGUGCAAUAUAACAAGAAAAAAUAAGCGUUCGUGAAUGCAAGCACUUGAGAUAGUGUCACUAUGUGGAAAGACUUUUGUAGCUUUAAGUAAACAAAUUUACUCUUGUUGGAAAACGAGGAAUAAUCGGAAGAAAAUGAUUUCCGAACCGAGUUACUGAUGGUUACCCUAUGAUAUAUGUAAAAACUUUAUAAUUGCUAUAAAAAAAACAGUAUCAUCACUAUGUAAAAUAGAAACAUUCAAAGAGGUAAAAACAAUGUACAAUGAACUGUUGAUAAUGACAUCAUACGAACCUUUUGCAGGAUGGGCACGAAGCGAGAGAAGUAGGAAACAUAGGAAACAGUAAAUAAUUCAGCAAGUGACUCAUAA